UGUGGGGGAAAUGACGCAGAUCGUGAGGGUAAUUUCUGCUCUCUGAAGUUUUACAGUUCGAGAUUCUAUAAAUCGAGUGAUGUUUGGAGGUUCUGCAUUCUGUUAAUCGUGCAAGUCUGUGGCGGAGGUGGGGGAAUUGCUGCGGAUCUGAUCGGAGGUCGGCUGGUGAGGGUUACUAUUUUGUCGGCAGCGGCAUUACAUUUGGCGCGGUGGUUUUUGGUUUUUUGAGUUUGUGUAGAAUUGUGCGGUUGGAUUGAAUAUUUUUGGUUUGGUUUGGAUUGGUUUUGCGAAGCACGAUGAAGGUGAUUGACAAGAUCCGGGAGGCGACGGCUGCCAAUGGCAAGGAUGUGAUGUUUUCGUUCGAGUUCUUCCCGCCGAAGACGGAGGACGGCGUCGACAACCUGUUCGACAGGAUGGAGCGGAUGGUGGCGCACAACCCUGCCUUCUGCGAUAUCACGUGGGGCGCGGGCGGAUCUACGGCGGAUCUAACGCUGGAGAUCGCUAAUCGAAUGCAGAACAUGGUGUGCGUCGAGACUAUGAUGCAUCUUACCUGCACCAACAUGCCUGUCGAGAAGAUCGACCACGCACUCACCACCAUUAAGUCCAAUGGCAUUCAGAACGUCCUCGCCCUGCGAGGAGAUCCCCCUCAUGGGCAGGACAAGUUCGUCCAGGUCGAGGGAGGAUUUGGUUGCGCACUCGAUCUUGUUGAGCAUAUCCGUGCCAAUUAUGGUGACUACUUUGGGAUUACUGUUGCUGGCUAUCCAGAGGGACAUCCUGAUGUUAUUGAGAAUGGAGUGGCACCGCCAGAGGCAUAUGCAAAAGACCUUGCUUAUUUAAAGAAGAAGGUUGAUGCUGGAGGCGAGGUCAUUGUAACCCAGCUUUUCUAUGAUACUGAUAUCUUCCUCAAAUUUGUACACGAUUGCCGUCAAAUUGGAAUAACCUGCCCAAUCGUUCCUGGAAUUAUGCCCAUUAAUAAUUACAAGGGCUUCAUUCGCAUGACUGGCUUCUGCAAAACUAAGAUCCCACCAGAAAUCAUGGCUGCCUUGGAGCCUAUUAAGGAUAAUGAAGAAGCUGUCAGGGCCUAUGGAAUUCACCUAGGAACGGAAAUGUGCAAAAAAAUUAUGGCCAGUGGGAUCCGGACAAUUCAUCUCUAUACAUUGAACAUGGAAAAAUCUGCAUUGGGUAUAUUAACGAGUCUUGGAUUGAUUCAGGAAUCCAAAAUUUCUAGGUCUUUGCCAUGGAGACGCCCAGCAAAUGUUAACCGGGUGCAAGAAAAUGUUCGUCCAAUAUUUUGGGCUAAUCGUCCUAAGAGCUAUAUUUCACGGACUAUUGGUUGGGAUCAAUAUCCACAUGGUCGAUGGGGAGAUUCCCGCAAUGCAAGUUAUGGUGCACUCACUGAUUAUCAGUUCAUGCGGCCCCGCGCCCGUGACAAGAAACUUGCCGAGGAAUGGGGUGUUCCCUUGAAAAAUGUUGAGGAUAUAUAUGAGAAAUUUAUGAAGUUCUGUCACGGGGAACUUAGAAGCAAUCCGUGGUCCGAGCUAGAUGGGCUGCAGCCAGAGACCAAAAUUAUUAACGAGCAACUUGGCAAUAUUAACAUGAAAGGUUUUCUCACGAUAAACAGCCAGCCAGCUGUUAAUGGUGCACUAUCUGACUCCCCGACUGUUGGAUGGGGCGGGCCGGGUGGAUACGUCUACCAGAAGGCAUACUUGGAAUUCUUCUGCCCUCUGGAAAAGCUGAAUUUGCUGAUCGAGAAAUGCAAACUCUACCCGAUGCUGACCUACAUGGCCGUGAAUAUCGGAGGAACUUUGAUAUCUAAUGUCGAGAAUACAGGCAUCAAUGCCGUGACAUGGGGUGUGUUCCCUGCACAGGAGAUAAUCCAGCCUACGAUUGUCGAUCCUGCAAGCUUUGUUGUGUGGAAGGAUGAAGCAUUCGAGAUAUGGACAAGGGGCUGGGCAAAACUUUACCCCGAAGACGAUCCAUCGAGGAAAUUGCUCGAGGGGGUGAAGGGCAGCUAUUACUUGGUGAGCUUGGUGGACAAUGACUACAUUCAUGGAGACCUGUUUGCUGUUUUUCAAGACAUCUGAAAAAAAGGUUCGAUCGAAGCCAUUUAUUUAAUAUCUCUGGUUUUCAUUCUCUACUACCUGAGCUGAGGUUUCAUUAUGUUUUUUAAUUACUUAAUUAUUGGCAUGAUGAUUUUCUCAUUCUCUUCUUUUAAUUGUAAGGUUUAAUAACUUGGGAUUUUUGAGAAUUCUGAUUCCCUGAAUCGCCAUAUAUCUAAUUAUUCAUUCUGUGUUUCUACAAA